AUGCCCAAUGUCUCCACGGUGAGGAAAUUCCUCCUGCUGGGUUUCUCGGAGGUCCGGGAGCUGCAGCUGGUCCACGCCGCGCUGUUCCUCCUGGUCUACCUGGCAGCCUUGAUGGGGAAUUUCCUCAUUGUCUCCAUCACCACUCUCGACCGGCGCCUCCACACCCCCAUGUACUUCUUCCUCAGGAACCUGUCUGUCCUCGACCUCUGUUACAUCUCCGUCACCAUCCCUAAAUCCGUCCAUAACUCCCUGACCGACUGCAGAUCCAUCUCCUUUCUGGGCUGUGUCACACAAGUCUUCUUGGUGGUUUUCUUUGCAAGUGCAGAAUAUUUUGUCCUCACGGUGAUGUCCUAUGACCGCUAUGCCGCCAUCUGCCUCCCCCUGCGCUAUGAGGUCGUCAUGAACAGAGUGGUCUGUGGGAAGAUGGCGGUUGCCUCGUGGCUCAGUGGGGGCCUGUUCGGAGUCUUGCUUUCAGCUUCGACCUUCUCUUUGUCCUUCUGCGGAUCCAACGUCGUCCAGCAGUUUUUCUGUGACAUCCGCUCCCUGCUGAAGAUCACUUGCUCUGAACAACACAUCACUGUCGACGUGAGCAUCACCGCCGGGGCAGCGUUAGGCGUCGUCUGCUUCAUUCUCAUCAUCGUCUCGUAUGUGCGCAUCUUCCAGGCCGUGUUGAGGAUGCCGGCUGCUGAGGGCCGGGCCAAAGCCUUCUCCACCUGCCUGCCUCACCUCGUCGUUGUCACUCUCUUUGUCAUGACUUCUUUCUGUGCUUACUUGAAGCCACCCUCACAUUCCCCCUCAAUACUGGACCUGCUAGUGUCUGUGUUUUACACCGUGGUGACCCCCGCCCUGAAUCCCCUCAUCUACAGCCUGAGGAACAGAGACGUGAAGGCCGCCCUGGGCACGAUCCUAAUUCACAGUGUCAGAGAGCUGGCCUUUUCAUCCACGGAGGAAAUGGAGGCAGGAAAUGACACCUCAGACUCCAGAUGCUGGGGCCUGAAGAAUCAGUGUCAUUCAAAUGGAUUCCUUUUCCCAUUCUAUAUCCACAAGAUCUGUGCCAGCCAACAGCUAAGCUCCUCUGACUUCAUCCUUGCUCACCUGACCAUGGCCAGCACCAUCACUCUUCUCACUGGGGGGAUCAUAAAUGCUCGGGAAAUUUGGAGCCUGGGAAAUUUCCUAGAUGAUGUUGGAUGCAAAAUGAUCACGUACCUCUUUCGAGUGGCCCUCGGCCUGUCCAUCUGCAGCACUUGCCUCCUGAGCAUCUAUCAGGCUGUCACCAUCAGUCCUGGAACAUCCCGGUGGGUGGGGCCUAAAGCGAAGCUAUCCAAAUUCAUCCUCAACUCCUGA